UAAUUUUAUUUUCUGUCCAAAUGUUGUGGUUAUAAUAGCCAGUAAGUCAUGAGAUGUAAAAUUAGAUUUUAAGAAAUAUUUUCUGCACUAUUUUAUAGGAUUUAAGUGCCUAUGAGAGAGCUCUCAAAGAACAAGGAAGUGCUGAUGUAGCGUAUGCUCGUCUUAUGUUACUGGGAUCAGCUGGUACUGGCAAGACGUCUCUCAAGCGUUCAUUAAUGGAAAAACCUUUCAAUCCUCAUACUACAAGCACCAUUGUAUCUGAUGUAUCCUCCGUACGACCAUUUGGACACAAGUGGCAAACAAGGAGAGGAAACAAAUGGAGAGAAGCCACAGAAGAAGAUGAACUUGAAGAAAUUGCUCGUUUGUUUGAAUCCUUUCAUUUUAGAUCAUCCUCACACCAUACUUCAGUAUUGAGUGCAAAAUAUUCUCAUGAUGAAUCGAAUGGAUUAGUUUCUACUGGUUUCAUAGCUUCUGAUUUGAAUUUAGAGAGUCAUAUCCAAUCAAUACUUGAAAGAGUUCAUGUUACUUAUUGGACAACAGAAUCACUUGUUCAACCAUUUCUUCAUAUAUGGGAUUGUGGUGGUCAGCCAGUGUUCCUUGAGAUUCUCUUAGCCUUCCUCACUCCUCGUACAAUGUUUCUUCUCCUGUUUGAUGCUUCAAAGGAUUUCAUGGAAAGAUGGCAGUCACGUCAGAAUACUCCUGAUGGUAGAGUGCUGUUUGGUGAGGUAGUGAAUGAAAGCACGAGUGAUCUAAUGGCCAAAUGGAUGUCUACAAUACACAGUCACCUCAUAAAGCACAACAAAGAUGAUACUUCUCCUAGUCUCUACUGUAUUGGCACUCGUGGUGACAAGCUGAGGAGAAAAAGGAAGAAAGAAGUAAAGAAGCAGAUCCAGUCUCUGUAUGAGGAGAAAGAGUUCUCAGAUCUGAUCAAAGAUGUUCUAAUCAUUGAUAAUACAACCUCGGGCAAAGGAGUCAAAGAAGAUCCAAGCAUUACGGAUUUACAUGGAGCAAUUGAUAGUUUUAUCAAUAAAUUGGCUGUCAAAACCCCUGUCAAUUGGGUUAUCUUUCGCAAAGUUCUUCAAGAGCUAAAGCAGAAUGUCAUUAGUGUAUCUGAUGCCAUUGCCAUUGGAGUGGCAUGCCAUAUACCAGCAGGUGAUGUUCCUGAAGUAUUGAAAUUCUACCAUGAGCUGGGAGCUGUGCUUUACUAUCCUCAAAUAGAAGGUUUGAAUAAAAAAGUCAUUCUCAGUCCAAAAUGGUUUGUUGAUGCCAUUGGGAAGGUGUUUCCACUAGAAAAAGAAUGGAGUGGAACAAAUAGAUGGUAUUUGUUACGAAAUAAUGGUAUUCUUAUUCAACCACUUUAUCAAGAAGUAUGGCAGUCAAGUGGUAUUGAUCCAGAAGAAAUAAUUGAACUUUUAGUUCAUUUUCGUCUUGCAGCUCAGGUUCAAACUGAGCUUUAUGAUGAUAGCAGAUUCAAGCAAUAUUUUCUUCCAGCAGUACUACCAGGAUACACAGGUGAUCCUAAUGAAGCACGACCUGGUUAUAAGCUAAGAGCCUCACCUGUACACAUUACAUUCUCCACUGGGUAUGUACCUCCUGGCUUCUUCACUCAUUUAGCAACCACUGUUGCUGCAAAUCCGAAUGUUAAGCUCAAUUUCGAUAAUGUUUAUGCAGCACCUACUGUUGGUUUCUUUGAUCGAUUAACUAUUGCCAUGAAGUUACGCUCUAAAGUUGAGAUAAAACGUAUCUAUCGUAAUCGUGUCUGCUUUUCUUAUGGCCAUCCUUCUGAUGAUUUGUUUCUCACUGAUAUUAAUGAUGCUAUUCAAGCUGAUGUAUUGAGAUAUGUCCCUGAGAUUAGUCAUCCUGUUCCUUUCAAAACAGUUUGUCAGCAAUUAUUGAAGUUAUUGGACGAAUGUUGCCAAAAGGUAGAAGACACUCUCAUUCUUUACCAUGGUCAUCAUGUGGAUCGAUCAUCAAGAAGUUUACAAUACGUGUGUCAAUGCAGUCUUUCCAGUGACGUUCAUUACAUUCAAGACAUUGAUGCUAAGAAGCAGACAAACUCUGAUCCUGUUUACUGCAAAAUGGAAAGAAUUCCUCGAUCACUAACUAAUAAUGAGUCACUGUGGUUCAACAAAAAAAGAGAAGAUUUGUCAAAAGAUAAACAGAUUGAAUGUCUCCAAGAGUGCAUAAAUUCAAAAGCAACUGUGGCGAGUCCAAGCACCGUAGGUGUCUCGUGUUGGAAGUGUUUUGCCCAUUCUGCUAAAUAUCGUGCAAUUUCAGAUGCUGGGUACUUUAUUGAGGUACCUAAUGUAAAUGGGGAGCCUGUCGCAAAAGAGAGAGGGCAGAAAUUAUAUAAAAUGCAGAAUAUGUCGAUUGGUUUGACUGGUUCUUGUGCUAAAGUUUAUACUGGAAAUGAUACUUAUAAAUGUUUGGGACCAGAAUAUCUUUACCCUUUUAUAAAAACUCCUAUCUUCUCAUUUAAUUCACAAUAUGAUACAUGGCAGCUAAAGAAUAAUCUCCAGUUAGACUGUAACCCACCACACUGCACUCCAGAACAGAUGGAGAAACUGCAAGAGUUUUUCAAAGAGUUUCAAGCCACAGAGACUAAUAUUAUAAAUUCAACUACUAAUGGUGCCUUUCUUGAUUCUUGUUUUGCUCAUUGCCAAUCGCUUAGUAGCCGUGGAUGGAACGAAGUUAAGGUUGGAGGGCAGAGUGCAGCAGAGACAUUUGCUAACUAGUACUUUGGGAAAUCUGGAGGAAGUGUCAAAGAAAUUGACUGUCCUUAUCCAUGCAAUAAAUCUUGUUGAUUGCUGUAACUCUUUUGUGCUUACUAUAAAAGUAUUGCUUUUCCAU